AUGGAGAAAGCAGAAGGAAGAAAUCAAACGAUCAUCGUGGAAUUCAUCCUCUUAGGGUUUGGGGGCAGCCCUGAACUGCAGCCCCUCCUCUUCCUGGUGUUUCUAGUGAUCUACCUUAUGACGGUAGCCUGGAACCUUCUCAUCGUUGCCCUAGUUGUGACUGAUCAUCACCUUCACACGCCCAUGUACUAUUUCCUGGGCAACUUGGCCUGCUUGGAGAUCUGCUACACCUCGGCCAUCCUGCCCCGGCUGCUGGCCAGUCUGCUGACUGGGGACAGAGCCAUCUCUGUGAAGGGCUGCAUUGUGCAGUUAUAUUUCUUUUCGGUCAUGGCUGCAACCGAAGGCCAGCUGCUCCUGGCCAUGUCUUACGAUCGGUAUUUAGCCAUCUGCCAUCCCCUCCGUUACACUGCCCUGAUGAACGGCCGGGUGUGUUGCCUGAUAGUGGUCGGGUGCUGGAUAAAUAGCUUCCUGACUUGUUUCAUAGCAAAUGUUUUCCUGUUCCAAUUCACGUUCUGUGAUUCCAGUGAUAUUGACCAUUUCUUCUGUGAUUUCUCACCAAUGUUAAAGCUCUCCUGUAGCGACACCCAAGCUCUGCAACAGUUGACAUUUAUUUUCUCUGCCCUCGGGACGCUUAUGCCCUGUCUACUGACCCUGGCAUCCUACAUUCGUAUCAUCUCCACCAUCCUGAAAAUCCCUUCCAGCACCGGGAGGCAAAAGGCCUUUUCCACCUGCUCCUCCCACCUCAUUGUAAUUACAUUUUCCUAUGGUGCUGCGAUCGCUGUCUAUGUAGUUCCUACAGCCAACACUCCAAAGGUCCUACACAAACUAUUCUCUCUCUCUCACACGGUCCUGGCUCCCUUGAUCAACCCUGUUAUCUACAGCCUGAGAAACAAGGAAGUCAAUGAGGCCCUGAAGAAAACUCUUAAUAAAAUGGCUGCCUCCAGAAAGAACCAUAGUAGGUGA